AUGCGGUCCCUUGGAUUCUCAGUGUUGUCCUUUCUAGCAUUGGCGACUUCCGCCCUUUGCCAGCCAACUGGACUUUCGCCAUACACGAAUCCAAUCCUGCCCGGAUGGCACUCUGAUCCGUCAUGUGCCUAUGUCGAAGAAGAAGACACAAUCUUCUGCGUGACAUCGACGUUCAUCGCAUUCCCCGGGCUACCAGUCUAUGCCACAAAAGAUCUCCAAAACUGGAAACAAGUCAGCAACGUCUUCAACAGACCUAGCCAAAUUCCAUCCCUCAGCAACACCACAAACCAACAAGGAGGGAUCUACGCACCAACACUCCGCUACCGCAACGGAACCUUCUACCUGAUAGUCUCCUUCCUCGGCCCAGAGGUCAAAGGCCUCGUCUUCACCUCAUCAGAUCCAUACAGCGACGCCGCAUGGAGCGACCCACUGGAAUUCUCCGUCCGAGGCAUCGACCCGGACAUCUUCUGGGACGACGACGGCACCGUAUACGUCACCUCAGCCGACGACGCCCGAAUUCAGCACUACUCCCUCGACCUCCAAACCGGAGAAACCGGCCCCGUAACCUACCUCUGGAACGGAACGGGGGGUGCCUCGCCCGAAGGACCCCAUCUGUACCGCAAAGACGAUUUCUAUUACUUGAUGAUCGCCGAAGGAGGCACCGAGCUCAACCACGCAGAGACAAUGGUCCGGUCCAAGAGCCGCACCGGACCGUGGGAGCUCUGUCCCCAUAACCCAAUCCUAACGAACAGGAACACAACCCAGUACUUCCAAACAGUCGGCCACGCCGACUUGUUCCAAGACGGGACGGGAAACUGGUGGGCCGUGGCCCUCAGCACCCGGUCUGGACCCGAAUGGAAGAACUACCCCAUGGGCCGCGAGACGGUUCUAGCCCCUGCCACCUGGGACGAAGGAGAGUGGCCCGUCAUCCAGCCGGUGCGAGGCCAGAUGCAAGGACCGCUGCCGCGAGAGAACAAAGACGUAAAAGGCGAUGGGCACUUUGUCGGCGAGCCGGAUGAUGUUACUUUUGCUCCGGGAGACUCGAUCCCUUCUCAUUUCUUGUAUUGGCGGUAUCCGCAGACCUCGAACUUCGCUGUAUCCCCACCAGACCACCCGCAUACCCUCCGUUUGACGCCCUCCCUCUACAAUAUCACGGGAAAUGCCUCCUUCACUCCAGACCAGGGUAUCACCCUCAUCACCCGUCUCCAGACAGAUACCCUAUUCACGUACAGCGUGGACGUCGCAUUCGACCCCCAGGUCCCCGACGAAGAAGCCGGCGUCACCCUCUUCCUCACCCAGGCGCAACACGUCGAUCUGGGCCUGGUAUUACUGUCAUCACAAAACGGGACGUCCUCUCCGGCAUUCCGACUCCGGGUCGAAGGCCAGGGGAACUAUGAGGGCUCGCUUCCGGGGAAGAUCGUGCCUGUUCCGGAGGGGUGGAGGGGAGAGCCGAUCCGGUUCCAGAUCCAAGCCGUGAGCGAUACUCAGUAUGAAUUCUCGGUUGCGUCGGUCAAAACGCUAGCGAAGAGGGCCGUUGUUGGAUAUGCGGAUUCGAGGAUUGUUAGUGGUGAUACUGGGAGGUUUACUGGUACGCUUGUUGGCGUUUACGCGACGAGUAAUGGUGGAUUGGGGACUACGGAGGCGUAUAUCAGCAAUUGGAGGUAUGAGGGACAAGGUCAGAAGAUUGAUUGA